AUGGAGGCAGCAAUGGUGGUUUCGACAGUGGCACAAGAGAAGUGUGACCACCGGUUUGUAGUUCGUUUUGUGGCUUACACUGGAAGAUGGCAUGUGGCUUUGUUUGUUGAAUCACACAAUCAUGAUGGCCUUGAUCCUAGGUUAGUUGGUUUCCUUCCUACACAUAGAAAAAUGGCAGAAGCUGAUGCUAGUCAAAUGAACAACAUGAAGGAUGCAGGCAUUAGCAUACCCCAUAUAUAUGCUAUGUUAGCUAAUCAAGCAGGUGGUUAUGAAAAUGUUAAUUAUACCUUAAGGGAUAUGUAUAAUGAGAUUGCUAGGCGAAGGCGUCAUGUCCUGGGUGAUGCUAGAGCGGCAUUGCGAUACCUCAAAAACCAGAAAGCUGAAGAUACAAACCUCUAUUAUGAGCACAUAGUUGAUGCUAAAGGGGUAUUGCGAGCUCUAUUUUGGUGUGAUGGAAGAAGCCAAUUAGAUUAUGAAGUAUUUGGAGAUGUGCUUGCCUUUGAUGCGACAUACAAGAAGAACAAGUACUUGUGUCCGGUAGUAGUGUUUUCCGGUGUGAAUCAUCACAACCAAACAGUGGUAUUUGGAAGUGCUCUAGUUACCGAUGAGAGUAAGGAGGUCUACGUGUGGUUAUUACAGCAACUAUUGGCAGCCAUGAAGGGAAAAGCACCUGUAUCUGUGAUUACAGAUGGUGCUCCAUCAAUGAGAUUUGUAAUUGAGACAGUAUUUCCAAAUGCCCAUCAUAGAUUAUGUGCUUGGCACCUCAUUCGGAACGCCACAAGUAAUGUUGGAAACCUAAAAUUUACAUCUAUGUUCAAAAAGUGCAUGCUAGGAGAUUAUGAGAUUAGUGUGUUUGAGCAGAAGUGGUUUGGAAUGGUUGAGGAGUUUGGUGUAGCUGAAAAGAAUUGGAUUAUUGACAUGUACGAUAAAAGGCAUAUAUGGGCCACUGCACAUAUUCGAGGCAAGUUUUUUGUAGGAUUUAGGACAACUUCUCGAUGCGAAGGUUUGCACUCUAUUAUUGCAAAAUAUGUUAAAUCUCAAUACAAUUUGGUUGAUUUCAUAAAGCCUUUUAAGCGGUGUCUUACCUACCUAAGAUAUAAGGAGGUUGAAGCUGACUAUGUUUCCAUAUCUGGUCUUCCGCUGUCCUAUGUCGCUAGUCGAAGGCAGGAGAGAUUCCACCUUGUUCGAGAUACUGUUAUGAGCCUAAUCGAAGAUUUCAAGAUUGAAGAUGAACAAGAAAAGCAAGUUGGUGCGCAAGCUAAUGAUUCAGAUGGGCACAAUAAAAAAUCUUGUCCAUUGGCAAAGAACAUUCAGCAGCAGACCAAUGCAACUUCUUAUGGCAUAAAUAGGAACCAUGUUGAGGAAGGUUUAGAUGCAGAUGUAGAAAUGGGAUUUUGGGCAUCUGAUCUUGAAGAAGAUUAUGAAGAACAAGAGUUUUGGGCAAGAGAUUCUGAUGCAAGUGCCGACAUGGAACUUAGUGAAGAGUUCUCGAUUUAG